UUCAAGUGUCGUGCAUGCAUUUUAUGCAUCUGUUCCUUUGCAUGCAUUCUCUCUCUUUCUUUCUUUAUAAAUCUCUCUUUCUUCAACAUUUAACUUAUAUUUAUUUUUAUAUCUAUAGUUAUAUAAACUCUCAGCUCAACCCAAUACAAAUACAACUCAACUCGACUCGACACGCUUUCUUGGUCGAAACCCAUACAACAACCACCAUCCCCCCCGCCGUUACUCUUUUCUCUUUCAACUCCCGAGUUGACUCACUUCUUCACCAACUUAUCAUAAUGGGUUUCCGUUACAUUUUCAAGAUCUGGGUUUUUUGAUUUCAACCAGUUAAUAAUGGGGUCGAGAAUUUGCAUGAAUGCAUCAUGUGGAACGGCCACGACCCAUGAAUGGAAAAGAGGUUGGCCUUUGCGAUCUGGUGGAUAUGCUGAUCUAUGCUAUAAUUGCGGAUCUGCGUAUGAGAAUUUUGUGUUUUGUAAUACAUUCCACUUAGAGGAACCUGGUUGGAGGGAAUGCUACUUAUGCCGCAAGCGUCUGCACUGUGGGUGUAUAGCCUCAAAAUCUUUGCUUGAGCUCUUGGAUUACGGGGGAGUUGGGUGUACCAGCUGUUCAAUUAGCUCACGACUUCAUGCAAUGCAGAGGGAUGAGAUUCGUAAUGAAUUUGUUGCAUUAACAAUAAAUGAUGCUGAUAAUCUACGGUCCAAAUCUGUUGAAAAGACAGUGGUUGGUAAUGGUGCUGAUGAGGGAAAGCUGACACAGUUGUGCAGAAUUAUGGAGGCUAAUGAACCCAAUUUCCUGCCAUCUCAGAUAGGUGAUACAAGUGUGUCUAUUGGGCAAGACAAACGGGAAGAGGUCAGGACACCGUUUGGUGAAGUUGGCACAGGCUUUUCGAGUGCAACUCAACCAUCUGUUGGAUCAUCUAAACUUGCCAAUCCAGACAGUAGAUCUAUGUUAGACAUUAGAGAUAUGCAUGAAUCACAUGCUCAUCCAUCUCUGAGUAUGAGUUUGGGAGUGCCAUCUGGGAGUACAAAUUUUGUGCUACCUUUUUCUAAUGGAACUGCUGAUGGAAGGGAACAAAGCAAAGUACCUUCUCACUUUCAACAAGGCCAACGAUCUCGUCCUAUAUUACCAAAACCCCCUAAAACUGGCCUUAGCAUAAGUCCGGAGACAAGUAAAGGUGCAGUCUCUCAACUGCGGAUUGCAAGGCCACCUGUUGAGGGCCGGGGCAAAAACCAUUUACUUCCUCGGUACUGGCCACGGAUUACUGAUCAAGAGCUGCAGCAACUAUCUGGGGAUUUGAAUUCCACCAUUGUGCCACUGUUUGAAAAGGUUCUAAGUGCUAGUGAUGCUGGUCGAAUUGGUCGUUUGGUUCUCCCUAAGGCAUGUGCUGAAGCAUAUUUUCCUCAUAUAUCUCAAUCAGAAGGGCUUCCUUUAAGGAUUCAAGAUGUUAAAGGGAAAGAGUGGGUUUUUCAGUUCAGAUUUUGGCCCAACAACAAUAGCAGGAUGUAUGUUUUAGAGGGUGUAACCCCUUGCAUACAGUCUAUGCAAUUACGAGCGGGCGAUACUAUAACAUUUAGUCGGAUAGAUCCUGGUGGCAAGCUUAUAAUGGGGUUUCGGAAGGCAACAAACUCUGAAGAAAUGCAGGAUGCUCAAACAUCCGCCCUUCCAAAUGGUGCUCCUUCUGGGGAAAGUUCUGUUUCUGGUGUUACUGAGAAUCUCCCUACAGUAAGUGGUUAUUCUGGUCUUUUCCAAACACUGAAAGGAAGCAAGGAACCUCACAUGAAUGCGCUGCCAGAACAGUUGAGUUUGGUUGAUGGGGAUAUUGGUUGGCAUAAAAGUGACAAUCAUGAAAGCAUUACAAAAGAGGAGUCACCACAGCAAUCCGUUCCAAACUCAGAGAAGAAGAGAACUAGGAAUAUUGGGUCCAAAAGUAAGAGAUUGUUAAUGCACAGUGAAGAAGCACUGGAGCUAAGACUUACAUGGGAAGAAGCACAGGACUUGCUUCGGCCACCCCCAAGUGUCAAACCAAGCAUUGUCACUAUUGAGGACCAUGAAUUUGAAGAAUAUGAUGAGCCUCCAGUUUUCGGAAAGAGGACUAUAUUCACUGCCCGGCCAUCUGGGGGACAGGAGCAAUGGGCUCAGUGUGAUGAUUGCUCCAAAUGGCGAAAAUUGCCAAUGGAUGUUCUUCUCCCUCCAAAGUGGACAUGUUCAGACAAUGUUUGGGAUUCAAUCAGGUGUUCAUGUUCUGCACCAGAGGAGAUGAGUCAGAAAGAAUUGGAGAAUCUUCUUAGAGUUGGUAGAGACUCCAAGAAGCGUAAGAUUGUAGAGAGCAACCCAGCCCAAGAACGUGAGCCUUCUGGCUUAGACGCUCUGGCAAGUGCUGCUGUUUUAGGAGACAAUGCAGGAGACUUAGGUGAGCCUUCAGUCGGAGUCACUACUAAGCAUCCCCGACACAGGCCUGGCUGCACUUGCAUCGUGUGCAUUCAGCCUCCAAGUGGCAAAGGAAAGCACAAACCCACUUGCACAUGCAAUGUUUGCAUGACUGUGAAGCGCCGGUUCAAAACCCUCAUGCUGCGCAAAAAGAGACGUCAAUCAGAACGUGAAGCAGCAGAACUUGCUCAGAAGGACCAUAACGAUGACAAGGGUGAGUCAGAAACGAACAACAGUACAACAAGAAAUGAAUCGAUGCAAAUGAGUCAUUCAGAGAAUGAGAUGAACCAGAAAAGAAGUCAAGGAGAGGUGGGUGAGAGCAGCAGUGGACAAAUAGAUUUGAAUUGCGAUCCUAAUCGUGAGGAUAUGCAAAUUGGAGAGACAGGAGUUAGCCUUUUGACGCUUGUACAAAGCAGCAGGCCAUUAGAGAAUUAUAUGCAGCAGCAGCAGUCAAAUGGACUGAGUUCAUGUUUACUCCAACAAGUUAAUGGGGAGAAUGAGAGACUUAUGUCUGAUGAAGGAUUCCUAGCAUCUGUGGGGUGGGGUCGUGACCAGGAGCCCAAUUUAGACUGAAACGGUUUUUUUUUUUUUUUUUCAACCUUGAUAAUGAUAGAUCACUCACUACCCGUUGGCUCUUUUCUUUCUUUUCUUUGAACCAAGGCCGGAAAGCAGGCUGUGUAUAAUUUUUUUUUUUUUUUUGGCUCUCUAGUGAGGCGAUGUCAUACUUUAAUAAUUUAAUUUGUUUGUUUUUAUCA